AUCGAAUACGAUGAAUAAGACGACUACGUCGUGAUCAAACAUGCAGCCCUUUUCAUAUCCACGAUCAUGAGCAAGCUCUUGGCCCGCCCCAACGUGAAGCUAUUCAACGCGGUGGCGGCCGAGGAUCUGAUAGUGAAGGAAGGAAGAGUCGGCGGCGUUGUGACUAACUGGGCCCUGGUGUCUAUGAACCACGAAACACAGUCCUGCAUGGAUCCCAAUGUAAUGGAGGACAAGGUGGUGGUGUGCUCUUGCGGACACGAUGGACCAUUCGGCGCCACCGGAUUCAAGAGGUUGAAGAGCAUCGGGAUGAUCGAUAGCGUGCCGGGGAUGAAGGCACUCGAUAUGAACUCGGCGGAGGAUGCCAUCGUGAGGCUGACUAGGGAAAUCGUGCCCGGGAUGAUUGUUACAGGGAUGGAAGUUGCAGAGAUCGACGGAUCUCCAAGAAUAGGGCCAACAUUCGGAACAAUGAUGAUAUCAGGGCAAAAGGCAGCUCAUCUGGCUCUCAAAGCAUUAGGGUUGCCUAAUGCCCUUGACGGAACAUAUGUGGGAAGCAUUCACCCGGAGCUGAUCUUGGCCUCCUCUGAUUCGGCCUACACCGUUGACGCUUAG